AUCAAAAUGGCUGCCUCCACUGAUUCCAGGAAGGACCAAAUUGGAUCAUUCCAAAAUUAAGUAAAUCGGUUCGCACGUUGUUGUCCUUCGUACACAAUGGACACGACGCCUCUGCUGUCAGAACCUGAUGAUGGGUCCAUGCAAGGGUCCCCAUAUCAUCUUCCACAGCCUCUUCGGGGCCCAUCCCUGGAUGAAUUAGCUGGAUGUGGUGUUGAGGUUAGAAACCCUGGUGACGACAUCACAGCGACGGGCAUCGACUUCAGGAACGUCACGUCUCUCAGUACGAAUGUCCUGCUCGACAGGUUAAAGGAACACGAAGGGGAACAAGACCCAACUAUGAGAAAAGUCGUUUGUUCAUCUAAUCUGACGAAUGAUGAUGCAGUUGCAGUGGACAUGACACGACGUAGCCCCAUUCAUUCAACACCGACUUACAGUGAUCAGACUCGCAGUGACCAUAGCGCCUUAUCUGCUCACCCUCGCCACAAUGGCAACCACACCUAUACGAGUGUGGCAGACAGUCGCUCGGGGUCUGUUCCUCCUCUUACAAAAGGCUCAAGAGACGUGACCACCCGGCCUCGAUGUGGUGAAAUGAUACACUCGUAUGAAUCUGCACACCCUGUUGCGAUCACAGUAGAAGCCAUUUCACCACCAUGUACGAACGUUGCCCCUCCGCUCUCAGAAGGAAAGAAGUACCACGUCUUCUUUUCCUAUGAAAUCACCGACAGGGAGUGGGUGGAGGAGGUAACCAAACAGCUAGAGUCGCCAGAGCUCGGCUUCAAGUGCAGCAUGCACGAGAGAGACUUUCAUGGCGGCAAGCGCAUCAUUGAAAACAUCACUGAACACAUCCGACUGUCUGAGAAGACGGUGUUAGUGCUGUCUCCAGACUUCAUCCAGAGCCACUGGUGCAUGUUUGAGAUAGAGAUGGGGAUGAUCCUGAGCAUGGAGGAGAGUCAGCUUCUGGUGGUGCCAGUCAUGGUGGAGCAGUGCCGUGUUCCUGACAGUAUCAAGACUCUCACCUACAUCGACGCAACUCCCGGCCAUGAGUGGUGGCAGCGUUUCAUUGACGCCAUAGUUUCUAAAGAUGACCUUCUCGGUAAUCUAACGGGUACAAAGGAUCUAAGAAUCGAACCCCGACACGGAAACAUGGAUUUGUUGACGGAACUAUCUUCCGACUACAAGUGUCUCUUUGGAGAACAAAUGAGGGUCCCUUAUAUACCUGAGACGUUACUGAGGCCGGGUAUCGAGGUUCCAACUGAUGAGUUUCAGCGGGCGAUGGACAUCAUUCGUUCUGCAUCGUGCUUCUGUCGACUGUUUUGUGACCUCGGACCUUGCUGUGUGCCAGUCUUUGCGUGCCUACUCGUUUUAGGAAUCAUGUUCAUUGUACUUUUCUUCGCAACAGGAUACCAAACGCCUACGCUCUGUUGGUCUCUAUCGCUGCCUUGGUCAUCCAUCGCUAUAACAUUUUAUAUUCAGAGAAGGAUGAGAUGGUGCCUACUCCGCAAGGCAGUUGCUGAAGUCAACACGAUAUUUCUGAAGUACAAUGUAAUCGUGGGAUUUAAGUUACAAGCGGGCGGCUGCAUUCUCUCCCGGACCUUUCUCCAAUUUUGGUUUUAUGAUCCAACAGAAUGCAAGAAAUUCUUGGAAACCAUUCUUGAAGACAGGGAUCUCGAAAUGGGUUUAACUACAUCAAAGGCAUCACUGCUGAUUCAACACCACUGUGGUGACUAUACUUCCGCCUACAACGAAGGUCGGCUCAAGGGCAAACAUGGCGCCAGGCACGUCCGCACCGCUAUCUGCCUUUGUCAGUUUCUUGAGGACAUGUACUCUGAGAGUAAAUAACCUCUUACACUGGGAAUGAAGUAAAUAACCUCUUACUCUCAAGAUGAAGUAAAUAACCUCUUACUCUCAAGAUGAAGUAAAUCACUACCUUUUUAUUUAUGGUCCAAUUUAACAUAGAUGUGUAAGAUAGCAACACAGACAAUGCUUCGUGUCAAUAACAUAUAUAUAUAUAUAUUUGUUCGUUUCUUUGCCAUGUUCCCCUACCUGUGAAGAUCCGGGGUAGAAGAGGUCUUCAGCAACCCAUGCUUGCCGUAAAAAAGCGACUAUGCUUGUAAGAGGCGACUAACGGGAUCGGGUGGUCAUGCUCACUGACUUGGUUGAUGCAU